AUGCGGCGCUCCUCGUCGCGCUUGUAUAAGAUUCCCAAGAAUAUGGGCGUGGCGCCGCGCUUCGACACGUGGAACGACAAAUACGAGCCAUGGGAGCACCUGAAGCGCAUGGGGCGGUUGGCGGGCACCGGCUUCUACAUCCCUCCGGAGUGGUACAACCACUUUCGCAUGUUCCCGCCCAUCAACCACAACUUUCCGCAAGAGAAGACGCUCAACCCACACAACGCGAGCGAGCCGACACAGGAUGACACGGACCACCUUUCCGUCGAGCGCAUCGCGCUGCGCGAUGAGCUGGCGCGCAAGAGCCGCCUAUUAGCCUCGGAGGGAAUGCGGUAUUACAACGUGUUCUGGAUACGCAAGCCGCUCGACCGAAUGGAGCGGCAUUACUACGAGCUAAAAGGAAAGGGUGUAGAGCACUCGGUGGCCAUCAAGCGGGUGCUGCAGAUAUUCUACGACGACCUCACCGUGAAGAAGCGCGUAGCCACCAUUCAAGCUGAGGAGGCGAAGCUGUCCGGCAAGUACAUCUCCAUGCGUGAGGCCACGGUCCUCAUGGGGGUGCUGACGCAGCUGCAGAAGGAGCAGCUGACUCCGCACCAGGUGACGUUGCUGGCCAAGGAGCAACGAGAGAGGGCGCAAACAGGGGAGGCCUUUGUCGCCACUGUGGAGCGUUCUACCGAUGCCGUUGCUGACGUUGACAAGGAUGCCGCAGAGGGCGACGAGGUCAUGUCCGCCGACUCCCUCGCCGAGUUGCUUUCCACGGAGGCGGACCUGGACGAGAGCACUCCCUCCAUCUCCUACAAGGUCACGAUCCACGAAACGGAGCAUGACAGCGUGAAGCAGCUGCAAGAGUUGGCACUGGAUCACACCGGCAAGAGCGACUGGUACACAGGCGCGUCGCCUGUGCUUCACAUAGAGGAGCCGGUUCCAACAAAGCGCACUCCUGCCAGCAAGAAGACUUAG